CGUCUUGAGGCCGCCCCUGGCGGGUGCGCGGCGGCAGCGAAGUGGUACGGGUUGUACGGGCACGGGGAGCGGGGCUUGGGGACCCAGUCUUCUUCUCUGUUUUCCCCUGCACCCGGGACUACGCUGUGGAAUCCAUGGCUGCCCCUCUUGCCCUGCGGGGCCCCUUGGCCUACGUCAGCAGAGCACUUGGCCAGCAUGCUUUCAGCACCAUGGGCAGCCUCGCUGCAAUCCAGAAGAUGACACGGGUGCGUGUGGUGGACAACAGUGCCCUGGGCAACACGCCUUACCACCGUCCUCCCCGGUGCAUCCACGUCUACAACAAGAACGGGGUGGGCAAGGUGGGCGACAGGAUCCUGUUGGCCAUCAAGGGGCAGAAGAAGAAGGCGCUCAUCGUGGGGCACCGCAUGCCUGGCCCCCAGAUGAGCCCCAGGUUCGACUCCAACAACGUGGUCCUCAUUGAGGACAAUGGCAACCCUGUGGGCACUCGGAUUAAAGUGCCAGUGCCCUCGAGCCUGCGCCGGAAGGAGGGCGAGUACUCCAAGGUGCUGGCGAUAGCACAGAACUUCGUGUGAACGUGCAGUUGCAGCUGCACACAGCUGUGUGGACAGUGCCCUCCAGAGGGGAAUGGUGUCCUCUGAGGGAAUAAACAUUGUUGUGCA